AGCAGCAGCAGCAGCAGCGUCACUGCCUCACACGGCAUCAGAGGCACCGCGGACGGUUAGACGAAGAGGACACGUCGUCUGGACAGCUGCCUUAAGGUCUAAGCGAAACCACAGAUUUAAAGGCUCAAGCAAACCAAAGAUGGAGAUUACCAGCGGAGCAUCCCUCAGAAGGACUUCACCGGCUGUGGACACAAAAAGUAGAUGUUUGCAUUGAAGGGGCCCGACGAGUGCGCAGGAGAGGAGGUAGUAACAGGUGCCGCGUGCCAAGGUGAAUUUGGAGGUGUGGAAGAGAGCUGAAGAUCAUGGGCAAAUCAAACAGCAAGCUCAAGCCAGAAGUGGUGGAAGAGUUGACAAGAAAAACCUACUUCACAGAAAAAGAAGUUCAGCAGUGGUAUAAAGGCUUCAUCAAGGACUGUCCCAGCGGACAGCUGGACGCCGUGGGCUUUCAGAAGAUAUACAAGCAGUUCUUCCCUUUUGGAGACCCCACCAAGUUCGCUUCAUUUGUCUUUAAUGUAUUUGAUGAAAAUAAGGAUGGCCGCAUCGAGUUCUCCGAGUUCAUCCAGGCCCUGUCAGUGACCUCCAGGGGAACUCUGGAUGAGAAGCUUAGAUGGGCCUUUAAAUUGUACGAUCUGGACAAUGACGGCUACAUAACUCGGGAUGAAAUGUUGAACAUUGUAGAUGCCAUUUAUCAGAUGGUGGGAAACACUGUGGAGCUGCCAGAGGACGAAAACACUCCAGAAAAGAGAGUAGACCGCAUUUUUGCAAUGAUGGACAAGAAUGCAGAUGGGAAGCUUACUCUACAGGAGUUUCAGGAAGGUUCAAAGGCAGACCCUUCUAUUGUCCAGGCACUGUCCCUCUAUGAUGGACUCGUGUAGGAAUGGAUGGCGAGUGAAGGAAGAUGAGCUGGAACGCUCCUCUGCCCCUCGAUCCCAGGUCAUUCCUUAAAAUCUGUUAACGCAGUAGAACUCCUAUUCCAUCCGAGCCGACCGUGGAAAACAGAAGAAAAGAGUGGAAGCCGCUGUCGGCUCACAGUUUGCUCUCAUGAAUUAUUCAAAUGGCCCACUUGUUUACUGGCAGUGUAAUAUUGUUGCAGUAGCGAAUAAAGAUGGAAACAGCCCUCA